AUGGGUGCAACAAGAAGAUGCAUGGUGAUUGUUGGCGUCCUGUUUGCUCUCUUUAUGUCGUCAACUUCUGCACAAUCAUGUUCUAAGUACAAAUUUGCUGGCAAUAAAGUUUUCAGUACCUGCAGCGAUCUUCCAUAUUUGAACUCCUAUCUUCAUUGGACGUACAGCCCAUCUUCCCAGAGUCUUGAGAUUGCAUUUAGGUGCAUGGGGACAUCAUCAUCAAGAUGGGUUUCUUGGGCUAUCAAUCCAACUUCUCAAGGCAUGGUGGGAUCACAAUCACUCGUGGCUUUCCAAAAAUCUGAUGGAACCAUGAGAGCCUACACUUCGCCUAUAAAGGGUUACCAGACGAGAUUACAAGAAGGAGAUUUGAGCUUCCCAGUUUCGGAUUUAUCUGCUAUUUAUUCGAAUAAUGAGAUGAUUAUUUUUGCUACCUUGAAGCUGCAGAAUUCGAGCUCUACCCUGAACCAGGUGUGGCAAGAAGGUCCACUCUCAAACGACAGCCCUGGAAUGCAUCCCACCACUGGUCCUAAUGUCCAAUCCAUGGGAACUCUCAACCUACUUUCUGGAGAAUCUAAGACCACAGCAGGAGCCUCAAGUUCAAAACUCAAGUCUAAGAAUAUUCAUGGGGUGCUAAACGCGGUUAGUUGGGGAAUUCUGAUGCCUCUGGGGGCUAUAAUCGCAAGAUACGUUAAGGAAUUUCCUUUGGCGGACCCUGCUUGGUUUUACCUUCAUGUUACGUGCCAAUUAUCGGCCUUUAUCCUUGGCGUGGCCGGAUUUGGCACUGGCCUCCACCUGGGGAGCCAGUCUCCAGGAGUCGCGUACGCAGUCCACAGGGGCCUUGGCAUUGCUGUCUUUACCCUGGCAUUGGUUCAGGUGAGUGCUUUGUUUAUAAGGCCGAAGAAGGAUCACAAGUGGAGAAGCUACUGGAAUUACUUCCACUACUUGGUCGGAUACGGAAUUCUCGGCAUCAGCAUUGCCAACAUUUUCAAAGGAUUGGAUAUCCUGAGCCCGGCGAAGAUAUGGAAAAGAGCAUACAUUGGCAUCUUGGUUACCCUGGCAUCCCUUGCCCUUCUCUUGGAAGUAAUUGUAUGGUUCCUGAAGAGGAGAAAGAGAUCUGCAGGUGCUGACAGGUCGUCCCACGGCACCAAUGAGACAGUCUAG